AUGGCGCAAGGCGAAAGGGAGAAAGUCGAAGACACCGAGUCUAUCCUCUCAGACGAUGAGACUGUGUAUGAGGCGUCGGGAUUAUACGACCAGCGCAAAACAUCCACAGAGCUGCGCCGAGAAGAUCAGGAGUUGCUAGAGGAAGAGGACGAAAGGGAGAAGCUGUUAGGCCACGAUUCAAGCAGCGGACUGGGACGGAUAUUCCGUGGCGAUAGCGACCACAAUGCCCCGAGGCAACGAGAGUUGCGGCGCGGCCGUGGAUCACAAUCGCGGGGCGAAAGCACGGAACUCAUGUAUAACAUGGAAGAAGGUGGCAGGUCUUCUGGUGAGAGCAGUAGGUCAAGAGAAUCCUUCGAAGGUGAUCAGGAAAGAAUAAGGUCGAUUAUAAAGGACUCGAGGCAAAAGAGGAAAUACCAACAUAUCCAGCGCAUCUGUAUACAUGGUGCGAUCCUCAUUCUUGUUGCUGGUCUUCUUCGACUAGCGAUUAGUGCGUCGUCUUCAAGCAGACCUGCGCCUAAAAAGCCGCCGGUCCUUCUCUCCAAUGGCACGUCGGAGUUUGCACCAACAACCAUACUCAUUUCGCUGGACGGCUUCCGGGCUGACUUCCUGCAGCGAGGCAUUACACCCUCCAUGCGGUCGCUGAUCGAUGAGGGCGUCUCGCCCAACUACAUGCUUCCAAGUUUCCCGAGCGUCACAUUCCCCAAUCAUUACACCAUCGUCACCGGGCUCUACCCGGAGAGUCACGGUGUUGUGGGUAACUCGUUCUGGGACCCCGAGCUGAAGGAAGACUUCUACUACACCAACAAGGAAGUCAGCAUGCAGAGCAAAUGGUGGGGUGGUGACCCUCUGUGGUCUACGGCCGAGGCUCAAGGUAUCAGAACCGCUGUUCACAUGUGGCCUGGCUCCGAGGCAAUGAUUGGAGAGUUUCAGCCGGCCCACCUGGACAAGUACAACGGAACGGAGAAGCUUGAUUUCAAGGUCAACAGGAUUCUAGGACUACUGGAUUUGCCUGGCCCGGAGAACCCAAGUGCUGCGGCAAUUCAACCACGCCCGCAAUUAAUUGCGGCUUAUGUGCCUGAUGUGGAUCAAGAUGGGCACCGCUACGGACCUAACAGCAGCGAAGUCCACCGUAGCAUUACCAGAGUCGACGCUAUGCUUGGUAAGCUUGUUAGUGGACUUGCGGAGCGCAACCUCACCGAGAUUGUCAACUUGGUUAUUGUCUCAGAUCACGGCAUGGCAUCAACAGAUACAACCAGAGUUCUUCAGCUCGAGGACCUGAUCGACACCAGUCUUAUUGAGCAUAUAGAAGGAUGGCCGCACUUUGGCUUGCGGCCCAAGAACCCAAAUGAUCUGCAGAAGCUAUAUAAUGAUCUCAAGAGGAACACAGAAAACAACCCAAAUGUCGAAGUGUAUCUUCGAGACUGGGAUAUGCCUACGCGUUACCACUUUUCGAACAACGACCGCAUUGCGCCACUCUGGAUUUUCCCCAAGACCGGCUGGGCCAUUGCCACCAAGGAGGAAUUCGAUGUACAGGAAAGCCUGAAAAACGGCUACUCAUACUACCCGAAGGGCAUUCAUGGGUACGACCAUGAACACCCUCUGAUGCGCGCUAUUUUCCUUGCCAAAGGUCCGGCUUUCCCCCAUCAGCCUGGCAGUAAACUGGAGCCUUUCCAAAACAUCGAGCUCUACAACAUCCUCUGCGACAGCAUUGGUGCGGAGCCGAAGCCUAACAACGGCACGUUGCGCCUCCCACUGAAGCCCAUGGGACUGCAUUCCGAGGACGACUUCUCCGCAGAGGCGCCCGCCGACCCUCCGGCCCACAGCCUCACGUCCAGCACCGUUUCCUCCGCCACGUCGUCUGUCGCUACCUCUGCCGCUACGUCUUCAACUGCUACAUCAUCAGCCCUGUCUUCGGCAAAGGCCAGCGCAUCCUCAACCCCUGCGUCGUCCGCCGCUGUGGAACCGACCGCACCAACCGCCUCCGAGCCCGAAGAGGCGGAACCCCAGCCCAGUGAAGGCGGCGUCAACGACGGCGAGAAAGAUGGCGAGGGCAAGGGCGAGCAGAAGGGCAAGGACUGGUGGGAGUGGUUCUCAGAUAAAGUGAACGCGGCCAAGGGCUGGGCGCUCGACACGGCGCAUAAAGCCGGCGACAAGAUCUCCGAGGUCGGAGGCAAGAUCUCAGAAGCUACUGAUAAGGAGAAAGCGAAGAGUUCGGACUGA